CUCUGCCUCCUCUCCGAAAGAGACCUCUCCGCCCCCUAUCUCUCCCUCUUAUUUAACCCCCCUCUCCCCUCUCCCCCUCAAUCAUCAACAUGGCUUCACAUCAUCCUCUUCCUCCCGUUUGUUGCUUGUGCGGCGACGUCGGCUUUCCGGCCAACCUCUUCCGCUGCACCCUCUGCUCUCACCGGUUCCAACACUCUUAUUGCAGUAACUAUUACGGCGAAUUGGCGGAGGCUAUUGAAGUCUGCGAUUGGUGCAGAUGUGAACGGAGAUGCGGCCGCCGUGGCUCUGCGGCAAGGAAGUCUGGCGUCGCAUCCCAAAAGAGCUCCGGCCAGGAUAAAAGAGAAAGAAAUUCCGGUGGAAUGCCGUCGCCUCGGGUUGCUCCACGGCGGUACAAGCUUCUCAAGGAUGUUAUGUGUUAAACGUUGUUAUUGUUCCAGAAAUUUUGAAUUUCUCAUACCAAUAUUUUAAGCUUAAUAAA